CUCACUCAACUAUUCCUCACUCCAUUUCCCGCUCCUUCUUGAAUUUCAUUACUCCUAUUUGACCCAUUUUGUUGUGAAGCCCACACAAGGGAUAGGGACAGAGAUAUGCACACAUCCAUACAGACAACAGAAUAAAGCAGAAAAUAUUCACAACAAAAAAGAGAGGAGGAAAUGGGAGAUAGAGUUGAGAGCUCUGGAAAAAAAGAGAGUAAUAGAGAAGAAGGAGAAGUAAUGGACACUCCAGAGAGAAGCAAGAACUGCCAGAUCGCAACUUCUAUCAGCAAAUUUGAGGAAUCCCCAGUUUUCAACUUUCUCAACAGCCUUUCGCCCAUUAGACCCGUCAAAUCCAUACACAUCACUCAGACCAUAAAUCCCCUUAGCUUUGCCUCCCUCCCGUCCGUUUUCAGCUCGCCCCAUGUUCUUAAAGAAUCAAGAUUUUUUAAAAGGCACCAGCUUUCGGAUCCGUCAAAACCCGAGUUCUCAUCCGAUGACCACAACACGCUCGAGCAGAAAAUCACAGAUAACAUUGCUACUAAUGUUAAGCAAUCGGACGAACAGAAGGAAAAUGUGGACCCGAGCAAAUCCCAUGAUUGCAUGAAGUUUGUGGUCGACUUUCCCGAAGAUUACGACUGCAAUAGCCCUGAACCGAGCAUGAAAGACAGAAACUUGAAACUUGUUCCUUUUGUGCCGGAUCCAAGUAAAGAAGGGUCUUCGUGUGAUUGGGAGGAAUUGAUCAAUUCAUCAGAUCUGUUGAUAUUUGAGUCCCCAGCUGUGGAGGGCAGCCAACGGGAAAACAUUUUCACUCAGCCAGGGGACGGGAGUGAGAUUACGGAUGCUGACGUGGCCCAUCAUUUUAGUAUGGGUGAUGAAAAGAUGGAUCAUGAGCAUCUUUCGGGUUUGUACCGAGGCAUGAGGAGAAGGUGCCUUGUGUUCGAGAUGGGUGGGGCUCGCAAAAAGCAGUUGAACGAGAACUCGGCUCACAAUCCUUCUUCAGACACCAUCUCUGGAACUGAGUCGACUCGCCGCAUGUUGCCCGGCAUUGGCCUGCACCUGAAUGCACUUGCAUCGGCUCCGAAGGAUACUUUGACCUCCCGAAGACUGUUGAUUGGCCCUUGCUCGUCUGUCGAUUUUCAUCCACCAGAUGCUGGUCGGGAUUUAUUAGAGAGUGAAGCUGAAGGUGUGGAGAAUAAUGGUGCUGCUUUGUCUGUGGUGGUUGAGGAUGAUGACAGCCAGCAGUGUGAGUUGGUGGUUAAUGAGGAGAACAAUCAGAGUAUUAGUCCCAAGAAAAAGCGUUACUGUGAAUGUUUUGCUGCUGGCGUGUACUGUGUCGAGCCAUGUGCGUGUAUAGACUGCUUCAAUAAACCCAUACAUGAAGACACUGUUUUAGCUACGCGCAAACAAAUCGAGUCUAGAAAUCCACUUGCUUUUGCUCCCAAAGUGAUUCGGGGGCCUGAUUACGUCUCAGAAACUGGGUUGCAGGACGACCCCAGCAAGACUCCUGCUUCAGCCCGACACAAAAGAGGAUGCAACUGCAAGAAAUCAGGCUGCCUUAAAAAAUACUGUGAAUGCUAUCAGGGUGGUGUGGGGUGCUCAAUUAACUGCCGCUGUGAAGGGUGUAAGAAUGCUUUUGGUAGAAAGGAUGGUGCAAUAGGCAUAGAGGUUGAACCCGAGGAAGAUGAAUUGGACAUGGCCGAAAAGAGCAUGCUCGACAGAAGCUUCCAGAAGUGCACAAUCGAAAAUGAGCACGAGAUGAAUGUGGACCCCACUACUCUCCCUGCAACACCUUUACAAGCUGCAAGGAAAUCAUCGACCCACCUCCCAUUUUCGUCCAAGAAAAAGCCACCGAGAUCGAGUUUUCCUUCAAUAGGCUCUUCUUCCUCCUCUGUUUUCCAACCCAUGCAGACAACUUUGAGCAAGCAAAGCUUUGUGCCGCCACCUCCAAAAUUCGAGAAUCGUUUUGAAACCAUAAAAGAAGAUGAAAUGCCCGAUUUUCUCCAAGAAGAGGGCUCGUCUCCAGUUAGCAGCGGCAUAAAGGUGUCAUCACCCAAUGGGAAAAGAGUGUCUCCACCUCACAGUGGCGUGAGGAGCAGCCGGAAGUUGAUACUAAGGUCAAUACCGUCAUUUCCUUCCCUCACACAAAACCAGUGAAGAAGUUGGAGCUCUGCUUUGUUUGUUGUCUGCUUGUGUUUCUUGAUUUGUAGUUUCUUGUAAGAUAUGUUUGUCUCAUUGUCUUAGUUGAGUUUUAACUUUUUCUUUAUUAUUUUACUUUUUUUUUUUUUCCUCUUCUGUUUGUAAUAUAGUGUUAUGCACACAAUAAGACCACUCGUGUAUGGUUUUUUAUUGAGAUGAGAUACAUUUUAUGUUUAAAGUCUUUGAUAUAUUUAAG